UUAUUGUGCUAAAGCUAUUUCCUGUGUACGUACGAGAAUGACAGACUUAAACUCAAGUCUUCAGAAUUACCUGUCGAAAGGGGAUCAGAACAGUGGUUCAGGAUCUAGUAAAUUUAAUUUAGGAAAGUUAAACUUUUUCCAGAAAAAGAGUCAGACCUCGAUUGAUGUCCCUGAGUCAAAUGAUGUGGCAAACAGCUGGUUUAGCCAAGCCAAUACGGACCCGUGUCUCCCGAGUCUGUCAAGAAAACAGAGGAUCCUAGGUUUUGUGCUGUUUUUACUUCUUGGAACGUUUUGUUUUUCAAUGGCUAGUCUGUACAUUCCGGUUUUAAUUAUCAAGGCCAGAAAAUUUGCAAUGCUGUACUCGCUCGGAAGUCUGUUUGUGAUAUCAAGUUUCUCCUUUCUAUGGGGACCGAUGAACCACAUAAAGCAUUUGUUUUCUGUACCUCGACUUCCAUUUACUACAGCAUACCUAGGAACAAUGCUAGCCACGCUAUACUUCUCAUUAUGGAUAAAGAGCACAGUUUUAACAGUGGUAUGUGCAAUCAUCCAAGUCAUAACUCUUAUUUGGUACGUUGUAAGCUACAUCCCAGGUGGACAAACUGGUCUCAAGUUUUUCUCCAAAAUAUUUUACACAGCAGCGACCAAGACAGUACAGAAAACACUCCCCGUGUGAUGAAAUUAAGCUGUCAUCUCGAGAUAAUCAUGAACAAUUCUGUUUUAAACUAUAUGUCCUAAUCAGCUGUUACUUUAUAUUACAUUGUACCGUGUAUUUUUAUGAAUGUGUACAAAUGAAUUGUUGGUAUUUGAUAAUUGUACUUGUUGACACAAGAGAAUAUAAAUGUACAAUAAAAUUUGUAAGUUGUUGAAA